AUGGGUUCUCAGUUCUCUAGACAGAUCGAAAAGCGUAAAGCAAUAUCAACAGAGAAGAAGAUUUUAGUUGAUCUUGAUGGAAGCUCUGGAGAAACAUAUCCAGGUUCUGAAUAUCGUCCCUCGGACAGGAAGAAUUGGAUGACUGGGCUCAACCUUGAGAAACUUCACACAAACCAAAUUGUAUGGCCUGGAACCCAUGAUUCUGCUACCAAUAAGAUUGGCAUCCCAUUGAUCACUCGUCCUUUCGCUCAAUGUCAGUGUUUGUCCAUCUACCGUCAGCUUUGUGUAGGCAGCAGAGUUCUUGAUAUUCGGGUUCAGGAAGAUCGUCGCGUCUGCCAUGGAAUCCUGAAAACAUAUAGUGUUGAUGUUGUUAUCAAAGACCUCAAGAAAUUCUUGUCAGAAACUCAGUCAGAGAUCGUAAUUCUUGAGAUCAGGACGGAGUUUGGCCAUGAUGAUCCUCCAGAAUUUGACAAGUACUUGGAGGAACAACUCGGAGAAUAUCUGAUCCAUCAGGAUGAUCAUGUUUUUGGCAAGACAAUUGCAGAAUUGUUGCCAAAGAGGGUAAUCUGUGUAUGGAAGCCAAGGAAAUCACCAGCUCCGAAACAUGGAAGCCCGUUAUGGAGUGCCGGAUAUUUGAAAGAUAAUUGGAUUGACACAGAUUUGCCAUCAACAAAAUUUGAUAGCAACAUGAAGCAUUUGAGUGAGCAACCACCAGUUUCGUCAAGGAAAUACUUUUACAGAGUGGAGAAUACUGUUACACCACAAGCAGAUAACCCAAUUCUGUGUGUUAAACCUGUGACAAACCGGAUUCAUGGAUAUGCUAGGCUGUUCAUAACACAGUGCUUCUCAAAGGGUUGUGCUGAUAAGCUGCAGAUCUUCUCUACAGAUUUUAUUGAAGAGGAUUUUGUUGAUGCAUGUGUUGGGUUGACACAGGCAAGAGUUGAAGGGAAGGCUUAA